ACUGUCGUCGUCAUAGUGGCCGCUAUUUAUCAUCUGUGUGAUUACGCUUGGAAAUGUUUUACCGCUUGGUGCUCAAGGAACCCUUAGGAUUUUACCACGCUGUCGUCUGCAUAUGUAUAUAGAUAAACUGACCCUCACACAUACGUACACGCAUACAAACACACACACACACACAUACAUACACACAUACUUACAAACACAUACAUACAUGUAAACAAACACAUAUUCACACAUUUAGGAAAUCACACACACGCAAACACAUGUAUGUAUAUAUAUUACAGUAUAUAAAAAAUAUAGUGUAAUAUAUAAAACGUAUUUAGAUAACACACAUACACAACACUACAUGCAUACAUAUAUAUCCACUACAUAAAGACAUUCAAACUAGAAGAGGGUAUUUCUACAUUCAACGUACAACGAUUGUUGUUGCUGUUUUUUCUUCUCUCUAUCUUCCCCCCUCUCUUUGUUUGUGUAUCUUUCUCUCUUUCUCCUCUCUUCCUCACCGUCUUCCCCCCUCCGGUUUGUUAACAGAAACGAACGGUUGCGACCAAGUGGAUCGUUGUUUCUAGGGAUGACAUGCAUGGUAAUGUUAAUAAAUCCAGUUUAUCCUCCACUGGUCUAGCACCAGUGCCGGUGCCAGCCACUGCCAUAAUUACCAAGAGCUCCCAUCACAAUCCUUUAAACUCACAGCGCCGACUCAUCAAAACUAUGGUGUCCGGAUGGGUAGCCUCCAUGGACAAACGGCCUGGAGACAGGACUGGAGAGGAUUUAGACUUAAUUUACUGUCGUCUCAAAGAAAUCCAAGCAUUUGAUAAAUUUCACCCAAUGCUCUUACAUCAGAUCUGCAUUGUUGGUUACUAUGAGGACCUGGAGAAAGGUGUUACCUUGUUCCGGCAAGGGGACAUUGGAACUAAUUGGUACACAGUCGUAUCUGGAACCCUGGAGGUUUAUCUUUCAGAUACAGGAGACCAAAAGGAUCUUGUGACACUAUGCACUCUUGGUACUGGCACCACAUUUGGAGAAUCAGUUCUCACAGACAAACCCAGACAUGCCACUGUUGUAACAAGUGAUUUUUGUGAAUUAAUACGUGUUGAACAAAAAGAUUUUAAAAUAUUAUGGGAAUGAGAGAACAAAGAGUGAUGCCUCUUAUUGGUUUUAGCAUCUCUGGGACUGGGGAAGAAAGUGAGAAAGUUAUGUUCAAGACCAGAAACCUGUCCCCAAACGUUUGUAGCAGAGUGCCAGAUGGUAGUGAAUUUGAUGAUGGAUCAAGUUUGUGACUAAAAUAUAAGAACAAACCCUCCGAUGGGUUUCCACACAACAUCUGCUUGCUAAAUUCAACUGAUAAGGCUUUGGUCAAUACAAAGCUAUAUUAAACAACAUUUGGCCUGUGUGCCACAUGCUGAGAUGGAACAUGAGACCUUACAACUGUAAAGCAAACUCCUGCUUGUGUUUAUAUAAUCGUUUCAAAUUUAGAAACAUGGCCAAGAUUUUCAAGGAGUUGAUUAUAUUGACCCUAGUACUUGACUGGUGCUUUAUUUUAUUCACCUUAAAAGGAUAAAAAGCAAGGCUGACCUUGGUGAAAGAAGAAAUGCCACAUGGCAUUUUUUUCCAGUAUUCUAUUGAUUCUGCCUAUCUGCCACUCUAUUGUGUCUAUAUAAAAAAAAUACCAGACUACAAUAUUGUUUUUAUUUUCUUAUUUAUAAAACUGCUAUCUGUAUCAAACAUGGAGUUAGAGCCCCAGAUUCGUUGAAGAGGACACUGUAUGAUAUUUAUGCCUUGCUUUUCAAAGCAAAGUCAAAAGAAAAAUUCCUGCCUGUUCUGGUGUAGCUGUCUAUUUUUCCAGCAGUCACAUACUGGAUAUUCCACUGGAUCAAGUGUGCAUGGACUGAGAGGAUGUCUCUGUUUGCCUAUGUUGUGGAUAAUCAUAAGUUUAACUGUUUGGAGAUGUGUCCACAUGUAUACAACCCCCAUCCUGCAAACAUAUGUAUAUACACACACAUACAUCAUGUGUACAUCCAUACAUGCAUUCAUAAGUACACACACACACACAUAUGGCUGUUU